CUCUUAACCCUGGAGCCCGUAAGUAAAGGCUUCAUUGACGCUGGAUUGAUUCAUUUGCUCAACAAGUCCUAAACUUGCAGCCUGGCAGCACAGAUCAGAAGAAUCAACAACGCAGUGGGACAAUACAAGAUUUGUGUACAGACUGGUGAAAACAUGAAGACUGUGAUUCUCGCUCUCCUGGUGUUGGUGUUGGUGGUGGGCAGCCAGGAAAGUAAGUUCCCCUAUGAAGAUGUUUUAAACGACCUGAACCUGACCGACAACAAGUUGGUCCGACCUGCCAAAGACUACAAGAAACCAACAUGGGUCUAUGUCCAAAUGUCAAUUCUGGCAAUUCUAGAUGUGAAAGAGAUUGACCAGACUUUCGUUUCUUUCGUUGUGAUUUAUAUGAAAUGGGAAGAUCCGCAUAUUUAUUGGAAACCACAUCACUUUGAUGGCCUUGAUAAGAUGACUGUUCCUACUGAUUUGUUGUGGAAGCCAGAUCUAAUGAUUGAAGAGAUGAUAGAGAAGGACAAGGAUAUUCCAAAUCCCUUUUUCACCAUUCACUCGAACGGUUUCGUUGAAAAUGUGAAGAACCUUAUGGUGGUCAGCUCGUGCAAGAUGCAAGUUUACAAAUUUCCUUUUGAUACUCAGAGCUGCAACUUGUCUCUCAAGUCUAUCAUUUACCCAGAGGAGGAGUUGAAGUUUCAAGUCUACAAAAACAGUUCACAGGCAACAGAAUGGACUCGCGAAAUUAUGAGUACGGAGUCUGAGUGGCUGUUCAUGGGCAUGAAAGUCGAGCACCGAUCUGUCCCACGUUUUCAUCAACACCAAAGCGUUGUAAUUUAUACUAUCACCAUGAAGAGGCGGCCUCUCCUCUAUAUUGUCAACUUCCUGGUACCUGUCCUGCUCUUAUUCGGUCUGGACUUGGCCUCCUUCGUGAUCUCUGACAGCGGGGGAGAGAAGCUCGGCUUCGAGGUCACUUUGCUGCUCGCUGUCACUGUGAUGCAGCUUAUUCUCAACGACAUUCUGCCUUGCUCUUCAGACAGUAUACCGCUUAUAGCGGUGUACUGCAUUGGGAUAUUUAGUUUGAUGAUGGUCAGCCUUCUGGAGACGAUUUUGGUGAUGUAUCUGAUUGAGAAAGACUCUGCAUCUAAAGAAAAAAAGGCAGAUAAAAAAAAACAGGGCAACUAUGAUGGAGAUGUGAAGAAAUGGACUCGCUGUGCUUGUGUGUGUAAUGUGUCUGAUGAACCGCCAUCUGAACUGCUGUCUGUGGCCAAAGAGGACAAAAGAAGCCAACUGAUGGAGGAGUCCAAUUCCUUGGAGAAGCACCCAGAUGAGCUGAGUGAGGCGGUGAAAGGACUCUCUCUGCUCCUCAGCAGGAAGGAAGGAAGGAAGCCCGACUACUGGACCAGAGUGGCUAAAAAAUUGGACAGGAUUUUCUUUUUUGUCUAUGUCACAGUGUCCGCUCUGUUUUUGGUUGUCCUCUUUUCAUUAUGGAUCACUGCAGAAGACUAGUAGUGGUAAACAAUUGGGGUCUAUUCAAAAACAUGUUUUUUUUAUCCACCUAAAAUGUCUGACAUUGACUAAACCGACUUGUAUCUUUGCAAGUUUGUGAGAGAAUUUAUUAUAUAUUCUUCUACUAAAGGCGGCACAUGUCUAUGGAAUAGACUUGCAAAACUAAGAUUAAAUGUAUUUCGGGCAAGCUAGA